AUGCCGUUUCGGCUGUGCCUCGCGCUCCUCACAUAUUUCGCCACCGCCUUCGACCCCACGGCCUGGCUCGACGGCGCCUGCGGCCGACCUCGCGGCCGGGGCGUCAUCGUCGUGGCGACGCGGUUCAUGCAGGGCCAGGGCCAGUUCCCGGCGUUGGUCGGUGCGCGCCUCGAGCAAAUCUUAACCGUCACGAUCCCGUCGAUGGCCGCGCAGACCGACAGGUGCUUCUUUUGGGUCGUCGCGACCGAUCCCGCGCUCCCCGCGGAGCCGCGAAAACGCCUCGAAGACGCGCUCGCGGUCAUGCCGCACGCGCGGCUCGUGGAUUCCACGGAGCCCAUCACCAUCGGCGCGCCGCGGAUCGCGCAGCUGUUGGCGAAGCGGGCCUUCGGCCCCGGGCCGUGGCGCGGCGUGAAGGAGCUCACGGUCGUCACGCUCGACGCCGACGACGCGCUCCACGCCGCGUACGUCCGCUACCUCAACGACUGGCGCCUCGCCGCGCCGCAGCUGACGCCGGAGCGCAACUACGCGUACGCGUGCGCGUCGCGGGCCAUGAAGUGGUCCGGGUCCGUCGACGGCCGCCACGGCUUCUCGAACGAGAACCACGACGGCGAGAAGAGCGGCCACAAGGGCUGCCUCAACUCGGGCCUCGCCAUGGCGCAGCGCGUCGCGCCCGGGGGCUUCUUCGAAAGCUGCGAGCCCCGGCCGUGCCACUUCAAGCACCCCGAGCUCCGGGAGAAGUUGCCGGUGGAGGUCGUCGUCGUGAAACGGGGCGGCCGGCCCAUCACGUCGUCGCCCGUGCUGCGCGUGCGGUCCAUCACGUCGACGGGCGGCCGCGGCGGCGGCAAGAUCCACGGGCAGAACGCGACGCGGAGCGGCGCGCAACAGGUCGACGCCGCGCAUCUCAAAGCCGCGUUCGGCGUCGACGGCGCCGCUUUGGAAAAGCUGACGACCUACCUGAAGGCCCACGAGGCCGACGUCGCCCGCGAGAUGCUGGGCCACCGCAACGCGACGGGCUGCAGCGACGUCUACAUGGGCAGCUGCGCUCGCGACGAGACGCUCGCGUGGGCGCGGUCCGUGCUCGGCGAGCUCCCGGCCUUCGACGCGACGGCGUGGCUCGACGGCGGCGCAUGCGGACGCGCGCGGCCGGGCAGGCGGACGCUCGUCGUGACGCGCUUCAACCAGGGCCAGGGGCGGUUCCCGGCGCUCGUCGACGCGCGGCUCGAGCAGCUCCUCGCGGUGACGGCGCCGUCGAUGCGCGCGCAGUCCGACGCAUGCUUUUUGUGGCUCGUCGCGACGGACCCGGCGCUGCCGGCGGCGCCGCGGCGGCGCCUGGAACAGGCGCUCGCGAGGCUGCCCCACGCGCGGCUCGUCGACGCGGACGAGCAGCUGACGCCGAAUCGGCCGCGGGCCGCGCGCGACGUCGCGCGGCGCGCCUUCGGCCUCGCGGACUGGCGGUCCGUCGACGAGGUCAUGGUCGUCAACGUCGACGCCGACGACGGGCUCCACCGGGACUACGUGCGGGCGCUCCACGCGUGGCGCGACGGCGCGCGAUCGCUGACCGCGGAACGGACCUACGCGCACGCGUGCGCGGCGCGGAGCAUGUCCUGGACGGGCGUCGCCGACGGCGCCAACGCCUUCAUGCACGAGCGGCUCAGCGGCGACUUCAAGAAGACGAAGAAGGGCUGCCUCAUGUCGGGCCUCGCGGUCGCGCAUCGGUUGGAGGACGGCGGCCGCGCGCCGUGCGCGCCCGCGCCCUGCCACUUCCCGCACACGGAGCUCCGCGAGCACCUCGACGUCUUCGUCGUCGAGCCAGCGAAGGACGACGCGCGCAUGAAGCACGCGCCCGUGCUCCGCGUCAAGUCGAUCACGACGACCGGCGGCGGCAACUUCGGCGAGCUGCGGCACCACAGGGCCGUCGACGGGGCGACGCUGCGCGCGAGCUUCGGCGUCGACGCCGAGGCCCUCGUCGCGCUCGCGGCCUACCUCGCGGCCCACGAGGUCGCCAUCGCGCGCGAGAUCCUCGGCCACCGCGACGCGUCGGGCUGCCACGAGUCCUACGUGGGCAGCUGCGAGCGCGCGGGCGCGCUCGAGCGGGCCCGGGCCGUCGUCGCGCGGGCGGCGUCGUAAGGGGGGG